UUUUCGCACUUUUAAUCUUUCCUCCUUUCUCUCUCUCGCCCUUCGUCCUCGGCGUUCUCACCCAACAAACAUAGGUGCAACACUCUCCAAGCGCCGUGUUCAAAGCCACCGAAGAGGAAAGAAGGGAGGGGAAGAAAAGGGAGCCUCUUUUAUAGCUCGACAAAGGGAAUAGAAGGGGGCAGAGAGGGAUAGAGAAAGGAAGGAAGAAAGAAAGCAAACCCUUGUAGAGGGGGAGGGUGGAACGAGGGGAGGGCUUCGAUGAGCGUCGAACCCAAUGCAAGUUCGGGCUUUGAUUUUCUAAGGGGAAGAGAAGCGGGGAAAGAUGGAACCUAAAGGGAGGUGAUGAGAAGAAGAAUAGGGGAAGAAAAGAGGAUAAAAAGAACAUAGGAAGGGGAAGCUUUUCUUUCAUGCCCUUUACCCUUAAAGAUUCAAGAAACGGAAAGAGAGGAAGGAGAGGAUGAUGGAGGACUGCUAUUAUUUCAAUAAGGAUAGUCUCAUCAUAAAGCCUUCCAAGAAAUAUCCUCUGGUAUUGUGGAUGGCUGUGUUGGCCUUGGUAAUGAUCAGUGGCGUUUAUAUAUGCAUACUAUGUUUAAGACAAAAGGGGAUCCCAGAAACCUCCAAUGUAAUUAAGGUGAGAUUUAAAGAACCACAACCCUGCCCUCAUCCUGGCAUUCCACAAUCCGAGGUUCCUUAUGUGCACUAUCCAGAACCCACUACUUAUAGGAGGAAUGAGUGUGCAUGCACAGCAGUUCGGUUCUUUGCGAUUUUGUCAAUGCAGAGGUCUGGAAGUGGGUGGUUUGAGACCUUGUUGAAUAGCCAUGUUAAUGUUAGCUCUAAUGGUGAGAUAUUCUCUGUCAAAGAAAGACGUAGUAAUAUUUCAUCUAUCGUGCGAACAUUAGAUAAAGUUUACAAUCUGGACUGGUAUAGUAGUGCUUCUAAAAAUGAAUGCACAGCUGCUAUUGGCUUCAAAUGGAUGCUUAAUCAGCAUGACCGGGAUGCCAAGCAACUAAAUGGGACCCAUAAAGCUCAUGUGCAUUCAAGGGAUGAGGCUGAUGUACUUGCAAGAUAUAAGCCCACAAUCAAUACAACUUUAUUGGUUGCGGAACUGAAGCAGAUGGAUAAAUGGGGUGCUGAUGCUCUGGAGUACUUCAAGAGCACUCGCCACGUUGUUCUCUACUAUGAAGAUCUUGUGAACAAGAGGAAUAAGGUGAAGGAUGUUCUAAAGUUCCUUAGAUUGCCAAAAAGGAAGCUUUCGAGCCGUCAUGUAAAGAUCCACACAAGACCGUUAUCUGAUCAGGUUGAAAACUGGGAUGCUGUCUAUAAUACUCUGAAGGGAACAGAGUAUGAGAGCUUUUUGCAUGCUGACUAUCAAAUGUAGCAAGAAAUUAUCAGCUCAGCAUGGUGGUUGUAACUAACUUACAAUUGAUUCUUUUUCCCCACAGGAGCCGGGGUCCUCUGGUGCUGAUCUCAUUGUAGAAAUUUUGAUCAUUUUUUUGCUAACAUAUUUCCUGCAUGGGUUCUAAAGAUAUGUUUUGUUCCUCAUGUUGUAAAACAUUGCAAUUCAUAUUCAAGUUGAUGAAUGCAAAUUGGUAGUGAAAGUUGUGUC